GCAUUCUUACGUACUCUCGUUGCAUUUCUGUAUCUUUAGUGUACAUUUAGCAAAAAUAAUAUGUUAGAUUUAUAUGCGCGUUUAUCUUAAAAAGAGGAUUAUUUCAAGUUCAAAUUCUUAGAUUAUUUGCAACAUAGAAAGUUGAAGUAUUAUUUGUACAUAGUUAGAUAUAUAAUUUUAUAUCUUUAAAUCUUAUUAUUUAAAUCUUAUUUUGCUUGGAAUUCAGAAGUUAUAUAUUUAAAAAGCAAUUUAUUAGAAUUGUUCUGUUACAUAUAACUUCUUUUUUUUCGAUAUUUUCGCUAAAUUCUGAUAAAAGAAUUGGAAAAUAGAUUUGUAAGACAAAUUCUAAAUUUUAAAGCAAACAAAUUUAAAACAUUUUGUAGUGCUUAAUAUAAUUUAACUAAAGGUAAUUAUUCUGUUACUUAUUAAAGUCAAAAGAGUGGCAUGCACAUGUCGGUUUUACAUACAAUAAAAUAUAAUGUUAAGCAACCAUUACAUAAUAAAUAUGCAUAAUAAUAAUUAUGUAAGAAUCUCCAUAAUAGUAUUUCCAGAAAGAAUUAAGGUACAUACCAAUGGUUGCUUUGAAUGAUACAUCAUCCUGUAAUUAUUAUAUAUUUUACAUUUUGCAUAUAUUACAUUUAUCUUGCAAAAUGCAGAAUGAAAUUAUUACAAGUAAAAAUGAUUUUUUCCCUUAAAGAUGUUAAAGAAAUGCAUCCAAUCAUAAUAAUAAAACUUUUAAUAACUGCGGUGGUUACCAAAUAGUGCUCAUUAACGAAAUCAUGUGACUUCUUGCAACAUUAUAUUAUUAAAUAAUUUUUUAAAAUACCUAAAUAAUUAUAAAUCUAUAACAAUGUGAUUACAUCAAACCUGAAUGGAUCCAAAAGAAUGUACUGUGUAAAAUACACAGUACGGAGACUGCUAUGGCGAAGAGUCAAUUUUCGAUAAAACGAAAGCAACAUUUGUCUUAAAUUUAAGAAUUUAUGGAUUUUUGGGGGAUUGUUACGGCACUGAGAAGAAAUAUUUCUUUCACGCGGAAUCUCGCUUGCGAUGCGCGUUGGUAAGAAUGCGAAUACAAAAAACACGAACGACGUCCUUUGAAGAAGGCAGCCUUUUUGUGACCCUGCGGGCACAGCCGGUUUCAUCAGAUACAUGUGGCAUCCAAGCUUCUCUCAUCGGUGUAACCGGUACAAUCGAACCAGUAUAUGCUAUACGUGCUCUCUCGCUUUCAGUGUGAAUCGGUCUGGCAAUAGAACGAGGUGAUGCGAUCGAAACAAUUAUCAGCACCUGUUGCCGAGCUUCGUCUCGUGCCGUAAACGUGCAACGCGCAAGGUAUUACUCAAAUCGUAACGCCAACGGCAUGGACACAUGUCGUUCAGUUUGUGAUACCGAAUCGUUAAAUUAAAUACGUGACACAUCGCAACAUUUUAUUGAGAAACAUUUUAUCGACUACCAACUGGCAGCAACUCGUCUUUGGCCUGACUAACAAAUCUGAGACAAAGGGCAUCCGUGAUGUUUACUUCUACGUAAUUGAAACUUCUGUAUUUGCUUGUAAUUGAACCUAACAAGGCAACGUGGAGCUGGUACGUAGUUUCAGCAACAAAUAUUCUUUUUAUCAAUGGAAAAGAUGGAAGACAUCGGAGAAUUGCAACAAAUUGCUUCGGAAACCACGUCGACUCCAUUGACACGCUUGAGCGCAGCCUCCUUGUUUCUAACUCGAUUAAAGGCGAAACGUUCAUUGUCCAAGCAAAAUGAUGGUCAAGUCGAAGAUACUCAUGCUGAGUGUCACGAAUCGCCAUUCCCCGAUAGCCCUAUAAUUUCUAUGCAAGAUUACUUCACCAUCAGUGAACGUGCUUGUUCUGAGGAGAUCAACCGCACUUCGCUGGACAUCAACGAAGAUUUCAUUAAAAGAGUCUUGUCGGAACACAGGAAGCAGGUGGGCUGUAAAUCGCAGAUCUGGGAGAACCUGGAAUUAAGCAACCCGGACGAAACGGAAGCGACUCUUGCAGCUAGCAAACCCAGCGACAUCAAUGUUCUGUUGCUGCAAGCGAGUUUCAUGGGUCGCACGAAUCUUAUUCGUCGUUUACACAAACGCGGAGCCAAUGUCGAUUACAUGGAGCCUCAUUACGGUCUCACCCCAUUACACCUGUGCGCAUUUCGAAACUGUCUAGACGGUGUGAAGUAUCUGAUAGAACAGAAUGCGACCUUCGAUACUAAGUGGAAGCACACUCCAUUUCAUUACGCCGCCUUCGGGGAUGCUUUCGAGGUGGCUCAAUACUUCGUACAACAAGGUGCUAGUACAGCUCCGUAUGACGAUGAGGAAACGGUGUUGCAUGUGGCUGCGCGAACAAACGCCUUGCGUGUGCUUUCUCUGUUGGCGCCAAACAGCCAAGAGCUAGAUCGCUUGGAUCAAGACGGAUACGCCGCUAUUCAUCAUGCGGUCAAUGGAAACCCGAUCUGUCUGGAUGUACUCUUGAAAGCCGGUUGUCAGGUGGAUUUGCCCACCAGGAAGAAAGAUACCGCUUUGCACUUGUCCGCGGAAGGCGGUUACGCGGAUAACUUGAUUCUUCUAAUCAAGGCCAAUGCUAAUCUGCAAUUGAAAAAUCAUCGAGGACACACAGCUCUGCACUUAGCCGCUCGCUCACAUUCUCUGGAAUGCAUGGAGAUCUUGUUGAAGGGUCGCGCGGAUCCCAACGUGGAGGAUGACGAAGGUCGCACGCCGUUGCAUCUGGCUUUAGGCAAAUCUUUGAUGACGGACGAUAUCACCGAACUCCUGCUGAAAUGGAAAGCAAACGUGAACAAAGCCGAUAAGUAUGGCUACACGCCCCUUCAUAUUGCUGCCUCAAACGAGCUGUCAUCAUGCGUGGACUUGCUGAUAAAGUAUGAAGCGGAUCUCAGCGCCAGGACUAUCGGGGGUAAUAGCGCCCUGUCCAUCGUUCUACGUAAGACCCCGACUUCUCUGGACGUGUUCGAACGCAGGCUGGACGCGUCUCUGGUUCUGAGUCGACAAGGAUUCAUCGCGGGCGAGCUCGAGCUACAAUUGGACUUCCGUCCGUUGUUGAAGAAUCGGCAAAACCGACAUGCUCGUUCGCCCGAGAUCAGUUACCUCAACACCUUCGUGAAAGAGGGAUACAAGGAAAUUCUGGAGCAUCCUCUGUGCCAAUCGUUUCUCCAUCUCAAAUGGCACAAGAUCAGGAAGUACUAUGCCGCCAGGUUGCUCUUCUACCUGAUUUACGUACUAAUCUUUACGAGCUGGGUGAUAACCGCCUUGGCUCACGACUGUUACAACCAAUCACAUAAGAAAGAUAAAAAUAUAAGCGUGAACAUAAACGAGACGCUUAUAAACGAAACGUAUCGAAAUGGAACGAAUAUAAACGAAACGGAUAUAAACGAAACGUUAUGCGCAAACACCACUGGGAUCUACAGGUUUCUCUACAACAAUCCUACAGUGCUCGACGUACAAUGGUACGUGCUGGCAGCGCUCACCGUAUUAGAAGCUCUUCGCAAGUUCAUCGUCAUCCCUAGUUAUCGGUCUGUUAGACAGUUCCUCAUGCAGAUGGAGAAUCUGGUUGAAUGGUGUGUGAUACUGAGCGUCUUCGCAAUUUCCUUCAUAUACACGCGUGAAACGUACUUCUGGCAAAGUCAUUUGGGCGCCCUCGCCGUGCUCUGCGGCUGGAGUAAUUUGAUGUUAAUGAUAGGACAGCUACCAGUAUUCGGCGCUUAUGUUGCCAUGUUUACUAGCGUGCAGGCACAGGUGUUCAAAUUGCUUCUAGCUUACGCUUGCUUGCUGAUAGGCUUCACAGCGAGCUUCUGCGUAAUUUUUCCGCAUUCCAAGUCAUUCAAUAGUCCACACAUAGGUCUCAUCAAGGUCCUCGCGAUGAUGACUGGUGAAUUAAACUUCGACGAUCUUUUCUUCUCGCCCGAUAAGGGCGGAGCUUUGGAUAACAUAGAAGGAGCCUCCUGGAUCCUGCUGAAGAUUUCAGUCCAGAUAUCUUUCGUGUUAUUCCUCUUGUUUGUGACAAUCGUGCUGAUGAAUUUAUUGAUUGGAAUAGCUGUGCACGAUAUCAAAGGCCUGCAGAAGACGGCGGGCCUCGCAAAACUAGUUCGCCAGACAAAACUGAUCCACGACGUGGAAAUUGCUAUCUUCGUGGGAUUCACGCCAUCGAAACGUUUCAUCAAGUAUCUACGUUGGAUGUCAUUGUUCCUGCCGUCACCUUUGCGAGCUGUUCUGACCGUUCGCCCUCUGAACCCCAGAGAAAAAAGGCUACCUCGCGAUGUUCUCUCGGCCGCCUAUAAAAUAGCCAAGGAAGGAGACGGACAGAAUAAUUUUACCGCAGCACGUAAAAAAAGUUAUGGCCCGGCCUAUUAUACGAAAGCGUGUCUCAAGGCUGAUGUCGCAUGCCGACGUCGUGCUCUCGACGAGGACAUGUUGGUACAUGACUGCAAUAAAUAUAAAGACGACAUCGCGGAACUUAGAGAGAUUUGUGAGAAAAAUCAUACUCUUCUUCAAGAACUUCUAAAAAUAUACGGAAAUAGAUAAAAUCAUCAAGGAUCGUUGGAAAUAGUUGGGAUAUAAAAUAAAUUGUUUGAAAUUCAGGAAUUAAUUAUCUAACAACGAUAUAAGAUUUAGAAUUUAUAGAAUGUGUAUUUAUAGAGAUACACAUUAUAAAUAAUUAAAAUACUCAAGAAUGAAUUUUUAUUCCUACUACUUUAAUUUUUUUAUCGUUUAUUAAGUGCCUGUUAUCUAUAAAAAACUUUUUUUACUAAAUCUUGAAUGAAAUUCUUGAUGAUGCAAAUGCAAAUAUAUCUGAAGAAAACUGUACUAAUUCCGUCCAUUUUCAUGUACGAAUUUUUUUAUAUAAAAACCAUUAGAAAUAUAUUUACAUAAUAAAUGUUACGUUUAAAUAAAAGACUUAUUUUGUUAUUGCACAGUAAUUUUACAAAAUAUUUUAAAUAUUUAAUAUGUAUUUUCUAUCGUAAUUUAAAGUAACGUUGGGAACUGUGUGAUAUAGAUGCUAAUGUUCGUAUACAGAGAUUUUAGAAACAACAGAAUAGUCUUUAAUCUGUUUAUUGUCUAAAUCUUCUUAAAUAAUUUCAUAAAUUUUUAUGAGAUAUAUUGUUCUUAGAUUGAAAAAAGAUUUUUUUAACUCAUCAUUUAUGUGUAAUCAAUCAUACUAUAUAUCGUUUAUUGGCAUAAUUCGUUUAAUGGCAUCACGUUUAUAUGUAUCAGUAUCAUUUACAGUUUUAUAUGAAUCCUAUUUUUUAAUACUUUAUAUUAUAAUUGUAUAUAUAGAUUUUCGAAGUGACAAGAUUUUGUAAGCGUUUCCUAUUUUUAAAUUUUAAAUGUAUUUAAAUAUAAUUAUUUAAGUCUAAACAAGUCUAAACGAGUAAUAAGUUAUCACAUUUCUGCAAAUAUUUCAUCAGGAUAUGGAUAUUUUUGAAUGCAUGAAUAAAUGUUUUUUUUAUGAAUAAAUUUAAACUUUGUCUCGAAAACGUCAAGUUUCACUGAUGUUUUCAACAAAGUCGAAGGAUAUGAACAACGUUAACGGCCCACGUGCAUUUUCACAAAUAGUCAAAACCGGUUUAUUCUGCAUACAUCCUUGUCCGUUAAAAGUUCAACUUUCUCAGAAUAGAAACGCGCUGAUGAAAUAAAACGAGGACAUCGAAUUAUAGAGUUUCAAAAAUCUAGUGGACUACAAUUCUAGAGGCAAAUAUUGUUUUGUGCUACCAAUGCUGUCUUAUUUAACAUUUUGGAAUUCUCCAAACAGCUGAAAAACAGAAAUUAUUUAAGAAAAUGCAUUAUGUAAUCUAUCACAUCAUGAAAUCAAAAGAUUCUCAGUCUCAAUAAAAUUAGUGCAAGGUAAAAUUUGAAUAACAUUUCUAGUAUAUCAGUAUUAAAUGUAUGCAUCUUUUCGUAAUACGUUUUCCACUUGUUUAUGUAUUUGAUAUAAUUAUUUCAAGAGAGCAACUCGGAGAUUUUGUAAAUGUACUUAAAACGAAUACGAAGUUAGGAAUUAUGUAAAAGUGUUCUAGCAUUCACGAUCACGUAGUAGUAAUGAUAGGUAGUCGACCAAAUAUAUGCAAUUUGGAUUCAAGACGCUCAGGCACAGAUCUAGCUAUGAAGGAAAGAAACGAAUGAUAUUCUACAAUAUAAAAAUCAAGAAUAUCAAAUAUAAGAUAUAAAAAAAGACAAUGAACAGAACUAUAUAGGAUCAAUAGUAACGACUGAUGAUUAAUCAAAUAUAAUUUUAUAUAUUAUUCUUAUAAUGAGUAUUAUAGCUAUUUGUAAUUUACAACAAUUAGGUAUCUGGUCCUUUCUAUAGGUAGAAUCUGGAAAGGUGAAAGAUUGCAUGAUCUCGGAAUGCUCUAGUAUUAUUUUUCAGCAUUAUUAUUUUCGUUCAGAUUAAUUUAGAAUUUGACUGACCAAUUCGUUCACAUUGGGAUACACAAGAAAUAGAUCUCGACAUUGAUGUGUAUGUCAUGUUUAUGUAUCUGGUUCGUCACGUUUUUCUGCCCCUCUGCUCGUGAAUUCCUCUUCGUAUGUAAUCAGCCAACCGACAGAGACGUACGUUAUGCAGUAGGUGUACCGCGAUCAUACAAACCGGUUAAAUCCGUCUGAAUGCUCACGGAACUGUCGACCGAGCAUUUAAUAAUGAUAGACAUCUUGAGCUGACAUAUCUUUUUAUUGUUACAAAAGUGGCUGAAAUUCUUUUCGGCUUGGUUUUGCAUUUUAAAAUUAAAAUUCGAUUUUUCUUGGUCAGUUUCUGAACUUUUAUAAAUAUGUGCUUUAAAAAAUAACGAUACUAAACGAAAAGUUAAAGUGACAUCCAUAUGAAGCUGAUAGUGACAUAAAAAAGAAAAAUAGAAUAAAUGAAAAGAAAAUAUGGUGUUAGUGAAAAAUAUAAAAUUAUAGCGAUAUUUUAUAAAUCACUUAAACUUUCAAUGUGUACAUAAUUAGUAAAGUGUCACAGCUGAAAAUAUUUAAUAAUACUAUAAUUAUCAUUAAUCAGUUAAUAUUGAGAUGCUAAUGUUGAAUCUUUAGUAACAUAUGAGAAAGAAUAAUAUCAGUAGUGCGUAUUAUAUUAAAAAGAAGAGAAAGAAAUUGUCGCUAUUCGGUAAUACAUUCUUGUAUUGAUAAUAAAUGUUCGAGUUUGUUGAAUAUAACAUGUUUAGAGCGAUAUGAGAUUGAAGAAAA